ACUAAGAAAAUGAGUGGUGAAGAUCAAAGAUGGUUAAUGCUUCCCUACAUAAACGAGUAGUCUGAUAGUCGGUCAAAUACGUUUGCUAUGAAUUUACUCCGUUUUUUCUCCUACUUUAACUGGUGAAGUAUGUCCAUAGACUACUGAAAAUCCUCCUCUCUUGAAAUUUGAUUAGGUCCAAGCAAAAACCCAUUUUGAUCUAUAAUAUUGUACUGCUCAAUCUUUCACAAACCUACCCAUCUUUCACAAAUUUUGAUUAAUCUCUUUCUUCGUUUAGGUUAUUGUUAAUUGGUUUCACAAACAAUCCAUGGAGAUUGAGGGGAUCUCAAAAAAAAAAAAAAAAAAAAAAAAAAAAAAAAAAAAAAAAAAAAAACCACCUAGCAGGGAAGCAAUUCACAGAUGAGAGUCAAAUCGUAGAUGGAGGAUCUCACGGAGUUGUUACGAUCUGGACGUUUUGCUCGAUUAUUCUCAAGCAUAAUUUCAAGUCACCACCACUCCUCCUAGUAAGUGCUGUUAAUCUUGAUAAGGAUCUGAUGUCCAAAGCAGGGGAAAUGACCAAACGAUUGCAAGAUAAUGAAACCCUAAAGAUUAGCCUAGGGUUUAUGGCAAUCUCAAAUCUCAAAUAUUACAACUUCUUUGGUGCACAAAUCCCAAGUUUAUGGCAGAGAGAAUGACAAAGAGGCCAUACUUAAGUUGUUGAGGGUAGAGCUAGUGUUGACAAAGUUUCUCAUCUGAACCAAUGCUUUAAUUAUUGUGCAAUUUUUCCUAAGGGCCAAGAGUUUGACAAAAAUGAUCUAGUUUUGCUGCGGAUGGCGGUAGGUCUUUUGCAGUUAUCAACUGAAAAGAAUGGAAUGGAAGAUUUUGCUAUGAAUGUUUUGAUGAUCUAUUAUCAAAAUUAUUUUUUCAAUAAUCAGGUGAUUUGUUUGUGAUGCAUGAUGUUCUAAAUGAUCUAGUUCUACAUGUGGCUAGCGAUUUAUGCUUUAGGCUGGAUAAGUUGGAAGGUGAUAAGCAAUUUGAAAUUCUUGAACAAGCUUAGCACGUGUCCUUUAUUCGUUAAGAUUAUGAAGUCCUUCAAAAGUUAAUGCGUUUUUAUAAAGUGCACUGCCUACUUUUCUACCAUUGUUGGGCCCUCAAAGGGCUACUUAGAGAACAAGGUUUUGCUAGAUUUAUUUCCAAAGUUACAAUGUAUAAGGGUGCUGGCUUUGUCUAGUUAUGCGAUAACUAAGCUACUGGACUCUAUUGGUGAUUUGAAACAUCUAAAGUAUCGUAAUUUGUCUGGCAAUUGAAUCAAAGGGUUACCUAAAUCAGUGACUGCUCUCUACAAUUUACAAACACUGUUGUUGUGCAAUUGCCAACAACUUUGUGGGUUGCCCUUAAAUAUUGGAAAUUUAAUUAACAUACGCCAUCUUGACAUUACUCGUAUUGUGCAAUUAAGAGAGAGGUGCUCCGGGAUUGGUAGAUUGACGAAUUUCCAAGAACUGGCAGAGUUCGUUUUGGGCAAAACUAAUGGGCCAUGAUUAAAAGAGUUGAGGAAUCUGAGGCAUUUACGGGGAAGGAUUUCUAUUAUAGAGUUGCAAAACGUAUCGGAUGUUCAAGAGGCAAAUGAGGUGAAUUUAAGGGCUAAGCAGGACCUUGAAGAAUUAGAGUUGGCAUGGUAUAGUGAGUUCAACGAUUUUCAAAAUGAAAGCCUUGAAAUGAAUGUACUUCACAUGCUACAACGUCACGGAGUCUUGGAAAGGCUUACAAUUAAAUUUUAUGGGGACACAAAUUCACAAGAUGGAUUGGCGAUCCAUCAUUUUCUAAAAUGGUGAACUUGACUCUUGUAGACUGUAGAAAAUGCAGAUGUUUACCAGCAUUGGGGCAACUACCCAUGCUCAAAGAGCUACACAUUCAAGCCAUGGAUGAAGUACAAAAUUUGGGGGUUGAGUUCUAUGGGGAUCGUUUAUCUUUAGGACUUCCUUUUCCAUCACUGGAGACUCUAAUAUUUGAGAACAUGCUGGCAUGGGAAGAAUGGUCUUGUUCUUUGGGCGUUGAAGAAGCUGGAAGACAAUUUCCUUGCCUUUGUGAGCUCACUAUAAAUGGUUGUCCCAAGUUGAUUAGAGUUUCACGUUUGAGGCUGCCCUCUCUUCAAACAUUACAUUUGAGUAAGUGUCCGGAGGUGGUGCUAAAAAGUAUUGUCGAUGUGACCUCACUAACUAUCUUGGACGUUGAGAAUAUUAUAGGGCUAUCUCAGCUGGAUGAAGCAUUGGUGCAGUCCUUGGUGGGUUUAGUGAAUGCAGCAAACUUGUGGCUUUGUGGCAAGGGCUGCAUUGCAUUAAUCUUCAAGAGAUGCUUAUAACACACUGUGUGAAUCUGGAGACGUUGCCAGAUGAGUUGAAUAAGCUCAAAUCUCUCACAUCUUUGAAGAUUGGUGGGUGCUCAAAACUUGUGCAGUUUACAUACACAGGUAUGCUGCCCGCGCUUGGACAGCUUUGGAUACAGGACUGCAAUGCAUUGAAGUCCCUGCCUGACGGCAUCUCUGGUCUUGAAGAGUUAAACAUCGAUAAUUGGCCAAAGGGUGGACUACUUGGAUUUGGGGGGUGCGUAAAUAAUAAUAAUAAUUUUGCCAGUCUCCUUGUCCUGAGAAUAGAUAAUUGCGAUGGUCUGAAGUUCUUGUCCCUCCCAGAAAGAGGCUUACCCAACCUCAGAAUACUGGAAGUCCGUAAUUGCGUUGUUGUGGAGUGCUUGUCCUUCCCAGAAAGAGGCUUACCCAGCCUCACAUCACUUCGUAUCUGCUAUUGUGCGCAUCUCCGAUCCUUUCCUACAUCCAAAUCUCCGAUUCUUCAAAGCCUCGAAUCCCUUCAAAUAGAAGAAUGUCAAAGUCUGGAGUCCUUCCCGGAAAGAGUAGGCUGCUUGUCCACCCUCAACCUCAGAUCGCUUCAAAUCAGCUACUGCACAAAUCUGAGGUGGUUGUCAUUUUUUUUAUAUCAGAUUCUUCAAAGCCUCGAAUCCAUUUCAAUGUGAUUGUCCAUGUCUUGAGUUCUUCCCAGAAAGAGGAGGCUGCUUGUCCACCCCCAAUCUCAGAUGGCUUGAUAUCAGAACCUGCUCAAAACUGAGGUCAUUGCCAGUUUUUGAUCAGAUUCUUCAAAGUCUUGAAGACGUAAGUAUAUUUCGUUGUCCAAGUGUGGAGUCCUUCCCAUAAAGAGGAUGCUGCUUGUCCUUCCCAGAAAGAGGCUUACCCAACCUCAGAUCACUUAAUAUCUCCUAUUGCGAGAAUCUCUGAUUCUUGGCUACGCCAACCAGAUGCUUCAAAGCCUCGAAUCCCUCAGUAUCUGGCAUUGUCCACGUCUUGAAUCCAUCCCGGACUUCUUGUCCACCCCUAACCUCAGAUGGCUUUAUAUCUGGGACUGCUCAAAUCUGAGGCGGUUGUCAUUUUUUGAUGAUCAUAUUCUUCAAAGCCUCAAAUUCAUUGUAAUACAUAAUUGUCCAUGUCUUGAGUCCUUAUUUGUCUUUCUAUCUUUUAUUGCGGGAAACUGAAGCCCUUGUCAGAGUGGGUCUGCACAAACUCACCUCCCUUUGAGAAUUCCAUAUUGAAGGUGGAUAUUCAGAGCUGGUCUCCUUCAAGUACUGUCUACUUCCUGCAACUCUAACCUCAUUAUCCAUCAAAGAUCUGCCGAAUCUGGAAUCCAUAUCAUCUGAGGGCGGUGGCCUCCAAAAUCUCAGCUCUCUUCAGGAUCUAUAUUUCGGUAACUGCCCUAAGCUUGGAUCAUUACCAAGUGAAGACCUACCUUCCAUGCUUCACGGCUUUAUAAUCUUCAAAUGUCCACUUUCUUGAAAAACAGUGCUUGCAGGACAGAGGUGACUACUGGCCCAAAAUUGCCCACAUCCCCUAUGUCGCAACAGAACCAGAACCCACUCCGUCCUUUCCGUGAGUUUCUGAGUCAUCCUUCUCUUGGUGACCUUUUGAUUGAAGAAGACCAAAAUAUUUUCAAGCAUCUAAGUUCAAUCGAAGUGGAGGAUUUUAAGGAUGUGAAAUCGGGUUACUCAAUAACAUUUAACUUCAACCCCAAUCCUUUCUUUGAAGAGACAAAGCUCACAAAGACCUUUACCUUCCUUGAUGAAGGAACAACGAAAAUUGCUGCUACAUCAAUUAAGUGGAAACAGGGCAUGGGUGUUGCUAAUGGAGUUGCCAAUGACAAGAAAGGGACCAAGCGGCCUCAUGCUGAAGAAAGCUUCUUUAGCUGGUUCAGUGAAACCCAGCAGAAAGAUGAUUUGGAUGAGAUCCAUGAUGAGGUUGCUGAGAUAAUCAAGGAGGAUUUAUGGCCUAACCCUCUCACUUAUUUCAACAAUGAAGCUGAUGAAGAGGAAUUUGAAGGGGAUGAAGGUGAUGAAGAGGAAAAGGGAAGUGAUGGAUCCGAUGACGAUGAUGAUGAGCAAGAUGAGGAUGACGAUGACGGUGAUGAGGGCGAAGGCAAUUAGAAGCUUCUCAUCUGGCUGGGUGUUUUGCUUUAUUUGGGUUUUGCUGUUUUGGUAAUGGCUUCUGUAAAGUGGUCUUGAAAGGUUAUCAGAGAACUGGGGUAGCAGCUGCCAUGGUGGCUCUUUACUUACUGUCACAGUAGUUAUCUUCUAUCUUAUAGGCAACCAGUUACUUCCAUGAUCAAUCAGGGGGUUGCCUUGUCCUGGUCUUUUAUAAUCAAGGCGCCUAUCUUCUCAUUUUCUUGAUAGAAUUAUCUGUUAUGUCGGUAACCUCCUCGCUAUGUGGGAUGCUAGAUGAUAUGCUCAUACUAAAUUUUUUAUUUUACUUUAUGUUACGAACUCUUAUCAUUUAGGAAUCAGUUGUUUUGGAAUGUAGAGAUGUUUGAUCCUAUGUUUGCAGUCUUAAUGCACAAAAAUAUGGAUUCCUUAUAA